CGAUCUUGAGCAGCUACCCCAAUAAAUAUCAGAUAUCAUAAAUUUGAACGAGAGAACCACUGCCCCUAUACGGUGAUUCGCAAGGUGGCCAUCUGGUCCUCUGCGAUGAGGAGGCGGUGGUGGACCUCAUCUUUCAUAUAUCAAGGAUAGAGGUCGCAACGGCUGAAACGAGAAAACGAUUACGCCGCAAAGCACCGUUCUUCAGAGCUAUACACAAGUCGAUGAGCUACAGCUUUACACGACGCCCCCCGAUCCAAUGCUAGAAGUAGGCUUCCUAGGCCCCUUCGACGUAAACCAUUCUAUUCCGUUGCGUCCGACCUACAAUUGAGAUUCCUUGGCCAACUUAAUCUUCGCUUCUACCAGACCUAAUCUUAGCUGUUUAAUUGUCCACCUCUAUUGAUUACCUGUUGGGAUUGUGGCGCUGUUGUUAACCCGGGUGGGCAUGGAUUCUCGCUUCCCGGUCUCUCGUGACGAACUCUACACUGUCCAUAUGGACGUCAAGCAGAUGCAAAUGAUACAGAACAGCCAUGCCGAAAGACUUUCGCGAUUAGAAAAGCGCCAGGCUGACGAUGCCGCGAUCAAGUCCGUCUGGAACUCGCCUUUUCCCAGUGCUCUGAGUGGCACGCCACAGCAUGGACCGCUCCAGAUUCCCUCGAGCGAGAUGUUCGACGACUUCGAGGAGCAGGGUCAGAGUCUACUAGGUAGUCUACACCUGGACGCCGAGGAUGAGCCUAUGAGACGUGGCGCAGCUUCUAGGGCGAAUAGUGUUCGCUUCGACGAGAGUGCGCUUCAAGGUUCAAGUUGGGCACAGAACGGUCGCCAUUCAGGAGAUUUCGGUCCAAUUAGGCCAGGCAGUGGCCUUGGCAAUCAUAACAUGAUGGAACGCUCGCUGUCUCAUAAAUCAGAUGGUAGACAUAGUUCAGCCGGCCAUUCAGUACACUCGAUCCAUUCUCAUCACUCCGUUGCCUCUGGCCACGGAAGUAGCCUGGGUAUAGACACGACGUUCACACCUGGCGGUCAGGACGACGACUCUCCAAUUGGCGUUCCGGAGCCGCCCCCGAGUCUGUUUGUGUUGGGUUCAGUGCCUUCCAUCAUCCGUUGCUGGCUUACUGCUAAUUUUGCUCAUGACACUCUCCUCUACGCAGAUGUCUGCACCGGGUCGCAAAAGUCAGUAGUCGAAUUUUCGUUAAUCAAGGAAUUAGAUCUGGUGGACGAUAUUCACCGCGAUCUGGAUGGUGUUCAUCGAAUCCGCUUACCGGUCUACUUGACGGAAGCUACCGUAUCUCAGCCAAGUUCUCGAGGAAUGAGCCCAGCACCACAGAUGCCCAGUCUAACGUGCACGUUCGAAGUGGCGGGAAUGGAUCAACCCGAUAAUGCCGAAGCCAGGAAGGCCAUCCGUAUCUUCAUUGGUAGCGAGGCGUUGAGGGAGCAUUCAGCUGAUGUUCUGUUCUCACAAAACCGUAUGACUCUCUACGGUAGCGAGCGCGAGAAGCUAUCUGUCCCCUUCGUACGCCCCGAAGAUAACGGAGUGUUUAAACACAUUCGUACGAUGGCGAUCUUCCCGGAAAAGCCGAAGCUAAAUGCGACUGCCCGCCCGUUCGUCUUAACCGAGACUAAACCACAAACCUCAGCAUCUGUACAAUCGGAUAGGCCCCAGACAAAAGAAUUACGUGAUGAGGACGAAACCCGAGUGCUAACAUCACCGUCUUCGGAACAAGCGAGUCAGCAAGCCGCUACGGCUGCGACAAGUACCGUGUCAGAAAGCGGCGGUGAGAGCGAGAGGCAGUUUAAAGAAGUUGGUACUUCGGAAUCUAGCGUGAAGGGAUCCCAAGUCCAGUCAAGUGACGCUUCAGGCGAUAGCGUUCGCCGAACCUCUGCCACGGGGAGCAUCUGGAAUUCAUGGCGCCAUGGCCCUGCACUCAAUGGUAACGAGCAAAAGGAGAGCACUCCGCUGAGUGGAUACCAGCCUGCUGGACGUGGGAGCCGGAACAUGAAGGUCUUGAAGCCGAUGAAGUCGACGUCGUCAUCAGCUCGAACAGGGGCCUCCUACGAACCGGCUCCACCACCCAGAAGCAAUGGCGAGCUACGACGCAAGAGCCAAGGCGGAGCGGACAACGCCAGUAUCGGAAGCGCUACGCUCCGGUGGGACUCGAAGCGAAUGCCAAUCGGGAGCGCUGAGACAAAGCCAACCGGGGCUACUCGCGAGAGCCGAAGCGUAUCUGGGACACCUCGCACGUCGUCGAAUCCUAUCGGUAGCGCUUCAGCUUUCUCGUGGAUGAGUCAGUCGGGCAAGCCAAGAACGCCGACAGCGGCAGCUGAGUAGUGAAAGCCUACUCUUGCACGGAAGUGACCUCCAUGAUAACGGGGUGAUGCUUGAUGAUGGAUCGUCAUGUUUGCGUUUUGAUAUUCUGCUAGGAUCACAGUGAUUCUACUUACCUGUAGGUAGAAACAUGAUUAAAGAAAAACAAUGAAAAGAGCAAGUCAAAUAAGUUACAUCAAUCAUGAUAUCUAUCCGGGGCCGAUGUGACCUCAGGUACUCAUACUAAGAAAUCUAGGUUAAGGCUUGCAUCUUAUAAGCCCUCAAGUUCCCGUAGGUUAGGAGCUACCUACUAUGUACAUGUAAUAUUAUAUGCUGUACCUGCCGAACUACCUGGUAG